AAUGAAAAUAUAUUAUGUGGGCCGACGGCGAGAAAAGAAAGAGGGGAUCGUAGGCCGAUUGAAGUCGAAGCUAGGGCGAUCUUGUUGGGAUUGAAGGAAGCUAAUAGAAGACUUUUGAGUCUCUUGGUUGUUGAAUUAGAUUGUCCGUUUUGUGUGAGGAAAUUGAAGAACAAAGAGGUUGACCGGACGGAAUUGGGAGUGUGGUGCGAAGAGAUUUGGAAGCUGGCAACGGAAAAUGAAGCUGUGCCUCUGGUUCUCCGGUUGUGUGGAGUUUCGUUCCUAGAAGUUGUAAUGACCCUGUUCAUUGGUGAGCCCACUCUCUUGCUAGAUGGGAAAACCAGGUUGUUUGGGUUUGUGACCCCCCCUUUUUUCUUUGAUGAAUUUGCUAGAGGCCGAUUUGGGUCAUGGUCCUUGUAGCCUGACUUGAGUUCUUUCGGAAGAAAUUUUACCAGGUUUCCCAUAAAAAAAUAAAAUUUGGUAAUCUAAUUAAUAACUGAUAGUAAUAAUUUAUUGUUAUAAAAAGAACUAGUAAUAAUUUAUUAUAUUAUAAUUAGUAAAAUAUAUUUGUAAAAUUCAUUUGAAAUUUUCACUCGAUUUCUUGAAAUUGCUAAAAUAGCUAUGUCAUUUUAUAUUUCAUACGAAAAAAACACUUCAAAAUAAAUUUUAUUUUAAUUUAUAGAAUUUAUUUCUACUGAAUAUCCAUGAACAUUAUCCAGCAUGAUUAAGAAAACAAUCAAAAGAUUUUUUUUUUUUAUUGGAAGGAGGCAAACUGCCAGGAAUCAAAGUAACAGGUACAGGGAGGGGGCCUGGAUCGCCUUCAGAACAAGAGGCACAGAGGCGAAACCAUUAAAAACAACAAAGGCCAGCCUAACGAAACUAUCUAAGGUCUGAAUUACUAUUGCUAGCUAUCAGAACCUGUCUAGGAAAACUAACCCCAAGGAUAUCCUCCCGAAUCAGUCUUUCAAGGUCAGUUGGAAGCUCAUUUAACUCAUACGUUCCGAAAGGAUAGACGAGACUGUGCUUCGAGAGCCAGUCCGCGACUCUAUUCCUUUCGCGAUACGUAUGAGUUAAACGAACUAUCCAACUCUGAGCCAAAAACCUGCGAAUAGCAUUAAGCAUAGUAGCAUAAGGGUGAACCGGGUCAGUUCUUCUGGUAAUCAUCUCGAUAGCUAACUUGGAAUCAGUUUCGAGAAUCAAGCAUUGUGCUCCUUUCUUCCAAGCCCAAAUGCACGAGCCCAGCAGCAAAAGGCCGAACCUAUCCGCCGCCGCCAAUAACAACAAGCCGACGGCGUUGCUUCACUGAAAUCGCAACCCUUUUUCAGUCUCCCGCCCGCCGGCGGAGGCACAGCUGGUUAUUGUCGUUGGGUGUCAGUAUCUCUAAUCACCGCCGUCACAUUAACACCAGUUCAGCAGCUGGCCAUUGCAAUGAAGAUGAUCCUUAACAACUGCAUCAUCCGUCGAAACAACUGCUCUCGAUAUCAUUGGCGAAGGGAUGCCGGUACGAUUGAAUCGCCUUAUUCUUAUUCUGCUUCUUCCGCAGCCCCUCUGCCGUCUUACUUCGCCUCCAAUCAAGCUAGUCCUCGUACCUCCACUUCUGCCAAUUUCGCCAGCGUAGAUGAUGCAUUGGAUUCAUUCAACCGGAUGCUCCGCAUGAAUCCCAGGCCUUCAAUUAUGCAAUUUAACGGGUUAGUGUCUUCUAUUCUGAGAAUGAACGCUUUCCAGGCUGCCUUGGAUGUGUUUAAACAAAUGGAAUUAGCUGGAAUUCCCCUUACCAUUUACUCGCUUAACAUGCUGAUUCGUUGCUUCUGCAAACUGGGUAGUGUGGGUUUUGGCUUCUCAGUUUUGGGCAAAACUUUCAAACUUGGUCUUCAACCAACCGCUGUCACGUUCAGUAUGUUGAUUGAUGGGCUAUGUAAAGUUGGAAAAGUCGUUGCGGCUGGGAGGUUGGCUGAUAAAAUCAGGAUUCUGGGGUGUCCACUGAAUGUGUUUGCUUAUAGCGCACUCAUUCAUGGAAUCUGUAAGGCAGGGCAAACAAAUGCUGGACUUGAAUUGCUCGGGAAAAUGAUGGAGUUAGGUUGUCAGCCUAAUGUGGUUUGUUAUAACACAGUCAUCGACAGCCUCUGUAAGGAUGGAAUGGUGUCGAAAGCUUUUGAUGUGUUCUCGGAUAUGAAGGAGAAAGGCAUUUCGCCAAACGUUGUUUCUUACAAUUGCUUGAUUUAUGGUUUAUGUAUUUCAAGGCAAACGAAUGAAGCUAUAAUGUUGUUUGAGGAAAUGAUAGCAAACAACAUCAUGCCUGACGUAGUUACUUUUAACAUAAUAAUUGAUGCUUUCUGUAAGAAGGGAGAUGUUCUGAAGGCUAAGGUUUUGAUCCAAAUGACGAUUCAAAGAGGAUUGGUUCCGAAUGUCAUCACAUACAGUUCAUUGAUGGAUGGGUAUUGUUUGCGCAACGAGUUAGACAAAGCUAGAAGAGUACUUGAUUUCAUGGUGAGCAGGGGAUGCAAGCCUUGUGUUUAUAGCUAUAGUAUCAUGAUUCAUGGAUAUUGUAAUGCUCAAAGGAUGGACGAGGCUGAACAAUUAGUUAGUGAUAUGGUUGAGAGGGACUUGAAUCCAAAUAUGGUCACAUAUACUACUCUCAUUAAUGGAUUUUGCCGAGCAGGGAGACUAAAAGAUGCACAAAAAAUUCUCAAGGAAAUGCACAAUCAAGGUUUCUCCCCAACUAUCGUGACAUAUGGAAGUUUGCUGCAUGAUUCGUGCAGGAGAGGUCAUGUUGACGCCGCAUUGGCUCUAUUUCAAGCAAUGGAAAGUAGUCGGUUGAAGCCUAAUGUUGUUCUGUAUAAUACUCUUAUAGAUGGUUUGUGGAAAGCCGGGAGGGCUCAAGAAGCAAGGGACAUGUUUUCUAGGCUCUCUAAAGACAAUUGUUCGCAACCUGAUAUUUUCACAUAUAGCAUAACAAUUGGUGGACUUUGUAGACAAGGUUUGGUAGAUGAAGCAUAUGAUCUAUUCAGACAAAUGGAACGGGACAGUUGUCUGCCAAAUAGUUGCUCUUAUAACGUGAUUAUCCACGGAUUUCUUCGUCAUAAGGAUCCACUUGCAGCAAUGGACCUUAUCCAUGAGAUGGUUUCUAAAGGUUUCUCAGCUGAUACAACCACGAUGUCCUUGCUGAUACAGUCAUUGCCCAAGAAUCAGUUGGAUCAUCCGGUUGUCCAAAAGCUACUGCAUGAUCCUGAUGUGAGAAGUCAGGAAAUGAGGUCUAGUGGUCUAUCAACUGUUGCAGCCCUGGCAGCUGAUUAGAACUUUUGUCCAAAAUUAGGUGGAUUGAUCAAAGCUCCUCAUAUCCAGCAGGUUCUGGCGAUACAAACUGAUGUAGCAAAGGAACACAUAUCAUUUCAAAUUUAUGGUGCUUGUAACUGAAGGUAUGUUAUAUGUAUGCGUGCCUCUUCUUCUUCUUUUUUUUCAUGUGCUUCCUGACACAUGGAAACCAUUGAUAUCAAAACUCUGAGACUUGCUUCUGUGAUGAAAUGUUCUAGAAUCCAUGCUUGUUUUGCAGUUAGGAAACUGGGAAUGUCAAUCGUCAAGUCACAAGUGCUUGGGCUUCGAUGGUCUUGGCUAUGAUGUUCUUCAAUGGUUGAAAUUUUCUAUCAGCUGCUGCAACUCAAGGUGCUUGUUGAAAUUUUCGUCUGGAAGUCAGUUGGAUCAUCCAGUAGUGGUGCACGAACCUCUUCAAGUCAAUAAGAUUCUCACAAUAGAAAAAUGAUGUAACAGAGGCUCAGAGAGAACAUCCUAAAACUUAAUGCUGGUUCUACUGACAUAUGUGGGAAGCGUAUGGUGUGUGGAACUAAAGGUAUGACUCUUGAUCCUCACCGUUCUAGCUUACAUGUGAGUUUCGUGCAUCGGGGUGUCUUCGUCCUGAACUUCCUAUACAUGGAAAGAACUUAUCUCAGUUCUCUGCAUACUUGUUUCUCUCUGCCAUGGAAGGAAUAGGGUGGUAGCUUGUUUUUCUGCAAGGAAACUCUGAAAUCUGCUCAUCUAGUUCUUGAGCUUUGACUAUGAUCAUGAUAGUGAUAGUCAACAACAGAAGCAAACCACCCCUCAGGAUCAUUUCCAGAAAGAUGAUUGAUACCCCAUGAAGUCCAAAACUAUUUAAGUUUUAUCAAUACUGUGGUAUUUCACUGUACUUUACCAAAAACAAAAGCGGGAAGUUUAUCAAUGAGUACAAAAUAUCCUCUUUCAUCCAUCGUUAACAAAUUAAUUUUCGACAUGAUCUUCACUUUAUAGCUUCAGUGCAUAAUUGAGUUAGAUUAACAAAUUUAUUCUGCCAAAACCUCAAGCUGGUUGGACGAAAUGAGAUGCCAUCGAGCCUUUCCCGGGUACUAAAUGAGAGAACCAUUGAGAUUUGCUUGAUUGAGUUGUUGAGUUCUUAACAUAGCACAGACUGUUGCAAAUAAACUCACUCUUUCAUUGCGUGUUUCCUGGGUCUUUCCUGACGUGAUUCGUGUCUAGGCUUCCGCUUACACUUCUGCUUGGCACAGUAUUAUAUAUGUUUGAACAGUACUUAGGGCGGUAUAGUAUUAUCUGAUGUGUAUUAACUUCUGCCUUCUCUUUGAUACUUGGUACUUAGUUCUCAAGCUUUUUCGAGAACGUUUUUCGGCUUGCUGCACAUUCCAAUGUUCUCAGGGCCCUGGAGCUAUUCAGAUUUCCCCUCCCCUAUCCCCAUUCCGCCACAAGCUCCUGCGCCUUUGAGAAGACUCCACAUUCUCGUGAGGAUGCGGGUCCUUCGAGAAAGCAUGGACAGAGGAAAUUGGGAAGAUCACAUCCUUUUUCGCUCACCACCCAAAUCCAUGAGCAUCAUGCUGUCAAAGAUUGCCAAGUUUCAAUCUUUCGACGAAACACUUGAUGCCUUGCAAAAGGAUGAAGGUUUGAGAUCGAAGAGUUCAAUGUCCUGCUUCGAGCCUUCUGCACUCAGAGAGAAAUGAAGGAAGCUAGGUAGUUUGCAUACCGUGUCCUAAUCAAUGCAUACUGUAAAAGAAAGGUUACUUCAGCGAUGCAAGGAAAUGAUCGACAGCAAGUCAACUAGUUUGUGCCUCAAGCAAAGAACUUCUGUUAUGUUGAUGAAGUUCUUCUUUGUGAAUGGUCGAGUCUAUAUGGGUCGGAGUUGUAGAAUUAAUUUAUUCCCAACAGUAUGUAAAUGAGCAUUAUCCAACAUGGUUAAAAAGAAUUAAAAAAAAACGCCAUAAAAUAGCUAAUGGGUUGUUUGGAUGAGGGAGCAGAGGACUAUACUUCUGUCGUUUGAAACCGGAGUUUAAGAAAUUGCACAAGAAAGUCAGAUUAAUCUUUAUUUUCAAAUUUACAUCCAUUUUGAUAAUAUUAUGGAACAAAAAAUUCGAGAAAUUAUUACAAAUCUAUACUGUGGUUGUAAUGUUUGGUGGUAGAGAGUACUCAUCUCCACCAUGCCCUGUCUAUACUGUGGUAAAAUAUGAGGAAAUGAAAGUAAGUUCUAAGU